CACCGAACACGUUGAGAAAAGUCGCUUAUUUUGACAAAAAUACAGAAAAAAAUAUUGUAAAUAUCAUUAUAUAAUUAUUGUCAUGGAUCCAGCCAAAUUAAUAGAAGUCCUCCGUGCCACCCUUGAUCCAGGGCAGAGGGAGCAGGCCGAACAACAACUUACUGAGAUUCACAAGAUCAUUGGAUUCUCACCAGUACUUCUUCAACUGUUAAUGGGAGAUCAGGUUGAUAUGCCAGUAAGACAAGCAGGUGCUGUUUACAUGAAGAAUAUGGUAACCCAGUUUUGGGCUGACCGUGAAGCUGAAAACCCUGGUGAUCCUGUACCAUUUAGUAUUCAUGAACAAGAUAGAGCUGCUAUCAGAGAGAACAUUAUUGAAGCUAUAAUUCAAGCUCCUGAACUAAUUAGAUUGCAGCUAUGUGUAUGUAUCAGCCAUAUUUUCAAGCAUGAUUUUCCUGGAAGAUGGCCCACAGUUGUUGAAAAGAUUGCUCUGUAUGUCCGAGCAGAUAAUCAUGGUGUACUGAUGGGAGGACUUAUGGCUUUAUAUCAGCUAGUGAAAGUUUAUGAAUAUAAAAGAUUAGAUGAAAGGAAAGCGUUUGAUGAUACCAUGACAGCCAUGUUACCUUUGUUAUAUGAAAGAAUUGUACAUUUGUUACCUGACCAAACUGAAUUAUCUAAUUUAAUCCAAAAACAAAUUCUUAAAAUAUUCUAUGCUUUUACACAGAAUUUCCUACCAUUAGAUACUAUUACUAGAGAAGUUUUUACACAAUGGAUGGAAGUUUUCAGACAGAUAGUUGAUCGUGAUGUUCCACCUGAAACUAAUCAGAUUGAUGAAGACGAUAGACCAGAGUUAGCUUGGUGGAAAGUUAAGAAAUGGGCAGCACAUAUUCUAUCUAGAUUAUUUGAAAGAUAUGGUAGUCCUGGAAAUGUUACUAAAGAAUAUUCUGAUUUUGCCGACUGGUAUUUAAAGAGCUUUUCAGGUGGUAUAUUACAAGUAUUUAUGAAAGUUUUAGAUCAAUAUCAACGUAAAAUAUAUACAGCUCCUAGAGUUAUUCAACAAGCUCUUAACUAUAUCAAUGAAGGUAUUGGUCAUGCCUUCUCUUGGGGUUUCAUUAAACCACAUGUACAGACAAUGAUAUCCAAUGUGAUAUUUCCUCUCAUGUGUCAUAGUGAUGAAGAUGAAGAAUUAUGGAAUACCAAUCCACAUGAAUAUAUUAGAAUUAAAUAUGAUGUAUUUGAAGAUUUUUUCUCACCUGUAAUGGCUGCCCAGACUGUAUUCUAUACAGCAGCUGCUAAACGUAAAGAAGUAUUAAACAAGGCAAUGGGUUUCUGUAUGUCUGUAUUAACUGGUCCUAAUGUUGAACCAAGACAGAAAGAUGGUGCAUUACAUAUGAUAGGAGCUGUAGCUGAAGUCUUACUCAAGAGAAAAAUUUAUAAAGAUCAAGUAGAACUGAUGUUAACCAACCAUGUUUUCCCUGCUUUUACAUGUGAACAGGGUUAUCUUAGAGCCAAGGCUUGCUGGGUUAUAAGAAGUUUCUCCAAGUUGAAAUACAAGAAUCCAAUGAAUCUAACCAAUGCUAUAGAGUUAAUAAAAGCAUGUCAUUGUACUGAUAAAGAUUUACCAGUUAGAGUUGAAGCUGCCAUGGCUCUACAAAUGUUGAUUACUGACCAAGAAAAAGCAAAGAACUAUUUAAAACCCCAUAUAAAAGAAAUUGUAUUAGAAUUAUUGAAGGUUAUUCGAGAAACUGAAAAUGAUGAUUUAACUGGAGUUAUGCAGAAAUUUGUUUGUACUUAUGUUGAUGAUAUGAUCCCUGUAGCAGUGGAGAUGACAACACAUUUAGCUGAAACUUUUGCCCAAGUCUUGUCUGGUGAUUUUGAUGAUUCAGAAGAGAAAGCUAUUACAGCUCUUGGUAUUUUGAACACAAUGGAAACUAUUUUAAAUGUUAUGGAGGACCAAAAAGAGAUUAUUACCCAGUUAGAAGGAAUUGUGCUCAAUGUAAUCGGAAUGAUUUUACAACAACAAAUGAUAGAUUUUUACGAUGAAGUUUUAUCACUAAUAUAUAGUUUAACUAGUACACAGAUCUCCCAUCAUAUGUGGGAAGUAUUUGGUAUGAUUUAUCAAAUGUUUCAGAAAGAUGGUCGGGACUAUUUCACCGACAUGAUGCCUGCACUUCACAACUAUAUAACAGUUGAUACUGAAGCGUUCCUAGCUAAUCCCCACCAUAUACAAGUUAUAUAUGAAAUGUGUAAAGCAGUAUUGACUGGUGAUGAAGGAGAAGAUGCAGAAUGUCAUGCAGCUAAAUUAUUAGAAGUUAUUUUAUUACAAUGUCCAGGAAAAGUUGAUCAUGUGGUGCCUAGUUUUGUAGAGUUAGUACUACAGAGAUUAACUAGAGAUGUACAGUCAUCAGAAUUACGUACAAUGUGUCUACAAGUUGUUAUAGCAGCCUUAUAUUAUAAUACUCCAUUAUUACUGGAUACCCUGUCUAAAAUCCAACUACCUAAUGUCCAAGUACCUUUCUUAGCACAGUUCUUAAAACAAUGGUUGAAUGACACUGACUGUUUCUUAGGUUUACAUGAUAGAAAAAUUAGUGUUCUUGGUUUAUGUUCGUUAAUUAAUACACCUAAUACUAGACCAGAAGAAAUAUCAGCCAUUUCAUCACAGAUUUUACCAGCAGCCUUACUUUUAUUUAAAGGCUUAAAACGUGCAUAUACUAGUAGAGCUCAAGAUAACAGUGACAGUGAUAGUGAUGAUGAUGAAGAUGAAGAAGGAGAUGGAGAUGAAGAAGUAUUAGAUAGUGAUGAAGAUGAUAUAGAUGAAAGUGGUAAAGAAUAUUUAGAAAAGUUAGAAAAAUCUGUUAAUGGUGAUGAUACUGAUAGUGAUGAUGAUUAUUCUGAUGAUGGUCGUGAAGAAACAGCAUUAGAAAGUUUUCAAACACCUAUAGAUGAAGAAAAUACACCAGUAGAUGAAUAUAUAGGCUUUAAAAAUAUUUUAAUUCAUUUACAACAAAGUGAUCCUAAUUGGUAUAAUGCCCUAACAUCUGGAUUAGAUAAUGAACAGAGAAAAGAACUGGAAGAUGUUUUUAAAUUGGCAGAUCAGAGAAGAGCAGUAGCAGAAUCGAAACAAAUUGAAGAAAGAGGAGGUUAUAGUUUUACUACGACAUCAGUGCCACAAAGUUUUAAUUUUGGUGGAAAUUGAAUAUCCUAAAGUGUGAUAAACAAAAUCAUAGACAAGCUUUGAAUGUUUACAUAACAAAAAUAACGCAGCAAAUGAAAGCACCUCAGUUUGAGAGGACAAUAAACAAUGUGUGAUAGUGACUCGUUGAAAUACAAACUAAUGUUUGCUUCCAGCUAGAUUCCUUUACUAUCACUGCUAGUCGGACUUCAGUUGCUGCUUUAUGUUUGGCCAUGUUUAAUCAACAACCACACGGGCAACUUAUUCCAUUGAACGACGCUAAUCCAAUAUAUUUGUUUUCCAUAAUAUGUGACUGUUCGUCUGUGAUAGUAGCUAACUAGGUUGGACAACUUCAAGUGAUAUCAUUAUUACCUUUAUCAACUAGAGAGUUAUUAUGAAGAGCAGAUAAUUCUGAACACCAAGAUUUUGUUUCGUCCGUCGUGUGUGUUAUUCUUCGUGUUUUUGUGGCUAUGUUUUCAACCUUACAUACUAUUUAUUUUGUUACUGGCAUGAAAAUAUCUUUCAACCCCAAAUUUUGUUCCAACUCCUGCUUGUUUUAAUAUUAUUUCAAGCUUUUGUAAUCCCAUAUUUCCUUUGUUUCCAUCAUCCUUAUAUUUUCUUAAACAGCUUUCAUCAUUUGUAAGCUUAUACAUUACAGUCAAAAUAUGUGAACUCUCAGAAAUGAUAUUAAGCAGAAUUCUUAGAUUAUCUUUAGAGGAAUGAAAAGAGAUUUUGUAUGUGUGUUUGUGACACUGAUAGCAUCAAUUUGCAUUAUUCCAAUUUUCAUUCUGAUGUCUGUGGCUCUUGAUAUUCCACUAAAAUCUAGUGUAUCGUGGACAUUAAAGGCCCUUAUAUAAUAUAAACAGAAUAACAGACGUCAGACUUGAAAUUUGAAUAAUGCUGUCACAAAUACACAUAAAAAAAAAUUUAGAAAACAUUUUUAUAAAAGCCAAUAUUUCUGACAGUAUAUCUGAGCUAGGAAUUUAGGGUGUUUUCAAAACUGAUAAAAUUUCUUGCAUUAUUCUGAGGGGAAAAAAGUCAAAGUAAGGUUGUUAUGUUAAAGUAAAUAGAAAAAGAUUAAAUAUUACAAAAAAAUGAAAUAACAAUGAAAUAAUUUCUUAAUGAAACGCACACUAUAAAAUCUAUAUAAAGUGAUAGAGAAUGAUAUAUUCCAUGUACACCAAUAUUGAAGGAACAUGGAUAUAUUCUGCAUGGUUUUUAAAACUUGUAUUUGGUUAAAUGAAACUUUUGUCAAAAUGCUUAUUGUAUGAAAGGUUGGUUUUAUCUGUACACAAUUUUAUGCAUCGAGUUGCCUUGAAAUAUUUCCUGUGAAGAUACUAUGGUUUGAGCUAUAAGUUUUUCUCAUCUCUGAAAUCUUAUUUAGGUUGUGAUGUUUUAACAACGGAAACUAUACGCACAGCAGACUUUUCAGUUUUUUCGCUGGUGGUUGGAGUUGAAAGUCAAUAUUAGAAAGCAUGGCUAUGGCAUCAGAAUUUCUAUAACUUUGAGGGGGAAAAGCCUCACUGCCAUUGUUAGUAUUUUAUUUCGAUUCAAUUCUUGUACAAAUGAAACUAACCGACUAGGACUUUUUUGAUCAGUUUCUAUGGAAGAAAAAGUGCUACCUCCUUUGUGAAAACGCCUUGUUUGAAAUUCUUACCCAAUUGUUCAUAUAAAAUGAAUUGUUUCUUUUUUUCUACAACUGUUAAAAUUUUUGUUGACUUAAAAGUUAAAUUGAAUGUUAUUGGAAUAAGAAAAAUGCAAAAAAUUAAAAUUUUGUUAUUCAACUGUUUUAUCCUGCAAUUUUAUGCCACUGUGGAUAAAUAAAAAAAAUAGACAAA